AACCAGGAUGGAUCCAUGUAUGAAAUGUUUUCUUGCACUGUGUUAACAUGUCUCUGUCUCUCUGUGUCUCUCUGUGUGUGUCUCUCUCUCACCGUCUCUCUCUGUCUCUGUCUCUCUCAGGAAAUCCCCCGCAGCACUCUGGACUCCUUCAUGCAGCCGUUCCAGAGCACUCUGUGGCUGUUAGUCGGUCUGUCGGUCCAUGUGGUGGCAGUGAUGCUCUACCUACUAGACCGGUUCAGCCCGUUUGGAAGGUUUAAGGUGAACAGCGAAGAAGAAGAAGAAGACGCCCUGACCCUGUCCUCCGCCAUGUGGUUCUCCUGGGGAGUUCUGCUGAACUCGGGGAUCGGAGAAGGCGCCCCACGGAGCUUCUCCGCCAGGAUCCUGGGCAUGGUGUGGGCGGGGUUUGCUAUGAUCAUCGUGGCGUCGUACACCGCCAACCUGGCAGCCUUCCUGGUGCUGGACCGGCCUGAGGAGCGCAUCACUGGCAUCAACGACCCCAGGCUGCGUAACCCAUCGGAUAAGUUCAUCUACGCCACGGUGAAGCAGAGCUCGGUGGACAUCUACUUCCGGCGGCAGGUGGAGCUGAGCACCAUGUACCGCCACAUGGAGAAGCACAACUACGAGAGCGCCGCCGAGGCCAUCCAGGCGGUCCGAGACAACAAGCUCCACGCCUUCAUCUGGGACAGCGCCGUGCUGGAGUUCGAGGCGUCGCAGAAAUGCGACCUGGUGACGACGGGGGAACUGUUCUUCCGCUCCGGCUUCGGCAUCGGCAUGAGGAAGGACAGUCCCUGGAAGCAGAACGUCUCUCUGGCUAUUCUCAGCUCGCAUGAGAACGGCUUCAUGGAGGAUCUGGACAAGACGUGGGUUCGCUACCAGGAGUGCGACUCCAGGAGCAAUGCCCCCGCCACACUCACCUUCGAGAACAUGGCAGGUGUGUUCAUGCUGGUGGCCGGCGGCAUCGUCGCUGGGAUCUUCCUCAUCUUCAUCGAGAUCGCCUACAAGCGACACAAAGAUGCGCGCAGGAAACAGAUGCAGCUGGCCUUCGCCGCCGUCAACGUGUGGAGGAAGAACCUGCAGGAUAGGAAAAGUGGUAGAGCAGAGCCAGAGUCCCAAACCUCUUUUAGGUCCAUCACUUCGACCUCCGACCUCAAACGCCGUUUGGCCCCCGGGGACGCCACGCCGUACCCGACGGACAUCACUGGCCAGCUCAACCUAUCGGAUCCCUCCGUCAGCACGGUGGUCUGAGACAGAGAGGCGCAGAGGGCGAGCAAGCUGCACUGCUGCUGCUGAGCCACACACACAUACUACACACACACACCCCUUACGUCUUUAUAUCUUCACGAGGACUUUGCAUUGACUUCCAUUAAUUUCUCAUGCAUUUCUGUAGCCUGACCCAAACCUUAAGACAGCACUGCUCUUCAUGGGGCCCUGGGCUUUGGGCCCCAUGAGGAGCAGUGGGUCCUCACAAUGUAGGGAAAAUGGUCCUUAUAAGGUGAGAAAUCCUGAAACACACACACACAUACGCUCACACAUGUUGGUGUGGGGACAUUUCUCAAAAUGUCCCCACACCAACAUGUGUCCUCAUAAGGACAGGUUACCCUACGGUCCUCACAGUCAUAGCAAUGCACACACACGCUCACACACGCGCAUUGCUCCACUUGUAGCCACCAGCUUCCUGCAACCAAUCUUUUAUUUUGAAAGAAGUUGUAUAGUUCUGUUCCCGUUUCCUCUCACACACAUAUCAAACGUCCCGACCAGUUCCAGAAGCAGCUUAAACUGGUUUUUAUGGUUGUAGCUCAUAAAUCCAUCAAUGCUGUUUCCUUUAAAUAUCAACAAACACUUCCCUGCUGUGACCAAUCAAAUCCCUGGGCUUUGCUAAGUGGGUGGAGCCUCUGGAGAAGGAAGGAAGCAGCGGUUUCCUCUCCAGUCAGCCUGCAGCGCCACCUACUGGUCUGGGAGCGCAUUGCUCAGCAUUCAGGAAUAAUUCAUCGUCCGUCUGCAUCAUUAACUGGGAUAAAAAUAAUAUUUAUCCCUCAAACUUUAGAGUCUGGCUGUCGGUUAAAUUCAGGUCACCGAUGUUUCCAGUUCAGAGGUGAGCUGGAGGAAAUCACACAAAAUU